AUGUCAAUACUUGGUAGAGAUACUAAAUAUUUCAGUCACGAUAUUUAUGAAGAUUAUAUUCAAGAGUUUUCCAAAAAGAUCUUUAAGUCUAUGAUUCUCCUGGACUCUUCUCCAUUGUUUGAUAAUUCAGAUUUAUAUUUUGACGAUUUUGUUAAUGUAAUUUAUAGCAGUGAAGCUAAGGCUAAAACUAGUAUGCCCAUAUUAUCAUACAUUUUCAAAUGUAAACUUGGUAGAGAGAACAUCACAAAUCCUAUUCUUUUACAUAUAUUUUGGUGGAAUAAUGCUAGUUCGACUUUAUCGGCAUUUCAUCUAAUUCACGAGUGUCCUUUGAUUCGCGAUGAAAUUAUUAUGAAUGAUGAACUUGCAUAUAAAGAAAAUUUCGAACAACAUAUUGUAAAUGAAGUUACUAGUUUAAUGCUUAAAAAGCUUAGUAAGGGUGAAGAUAUUGUUGAAUUACAACUCGAUAUCAGAAAUGUUCUGAAUCUUUGUGAAAACAUCUCUAACUUUAAAAAGACAGAGUCUUUUCAAUUAUUACACUUUUGCAAUGAUCUAUUAUUAAAUGAAUCGAUACCAUUGGAGAUAUUUAAAGAGAUUAUUGAAUUUAGAGAUGAAGAAAUAUUCACAAAAAUAUAUAUUCACAAAGUCUUUGAAAUUCUUAGUAACGUUAAAAACAUUGAACCAAAUAAGUUAUUAUAUGCAAAGCAAUCAUUUGUAAUGAAGAGCUUAGAAAUUAUUCCUUUAGGUUCACCUUCUAGGUUGGAACUUUAUCAAACUUUAUUCUUGGAAAAUCCCUUCCCUCUUAUGGGACAAAUCAUUAAAAGCAUAUUUGAGAACGAAAAUAAACAUGAGCCUUUUGAAUUUUUUGUUUUGUUAGAUAAUCCUAGAAAAAUGUUAGAUUUACCAUUAUUUACAAUUAUCAAUACAUGCGUUGAAGUUAAAGGUUGUCAUUCUUCAAUAGCAGCACUAUUCUGUUCUACUAAAGCACUUAAAUUCAUGGAAGAGCCUUAUCUUAUUCAGGAAAACACCGUUUCAUCAUCAGAAACAAAUCAAUCCAAUUCUGCAGAAAAUUAUCAAAUUGAUCUUCACGUACCGACGAGCCGAUUCCCAUCUCUAUGUAUUGCACUUUCACUUGAUUUAUGUACACAAAAGAGAUUAGAUGAAGAAAAAUUUGAAAAUGGGAAUGUUCAUAGUGAUAGCGCUGGUUUGGUAUUG